AUGGAUGAAUUGGUCAGAGAUAUAAAGGUUGAAGCACUGCAGUCUAUAAUAUUUGCGGAUGAUAUGAUGUGCUGGUCAGAAUUGCGAGUGGAGUGCGACAGGAAGAUGGGUGUAAGACUGAAAAAUAAAGUGUACAAGAUUGUUGUAAGACCGGCAUUGAUAUCUGGAGCAGAGACCUGGUCAAUCAAGAAGGCGCAGGAGAUGAAGAUAAACGUAGCAGAGAGACGCAUGCUAAGAUGGAUGUGUGUGGUUACACUGAUGGAUAAGAUCUGGAAUGAAACGAUCAGAGGAACAGUAAAGGUGAUGGGGAUUUCAAAGAAGCUACAGGCAAGGAGACUGCAAAUGGCCAACGAGUGA